AUGGAGGUGGAGGUGGAGGUGGUCGGCGGCUCUGAAGAAGCCUCGGCGUCGCCGCUCGUCGCGCACCCGUGCUCGCUGCUCCAGCUCCUGCUCCGCGCCUGCGCCGGCUGCCUGGGCCUGCGCGGCUACUGCAGCGACGACGACGACCCGAAGCCGGCUGCCGCCACCGGUACCGACGACGUUGAUGCGCCUGGAGCGGUGGCGGCUGCCGCGAAGUCGCCGCAGGAAGGAGAUCGUCAGGGCGACGGCGACAAGGCGGCUAGCGAGGUGGUCACUCAGGUGUGGGCAGUGACGAGGAGGCCGCCGCCGCCCGGCCGUCCGAGAGAAGGUUCCGGUGGAAAUGGAGGGAACCACCACUAG